AGCAAGAUAUAAAGCAUGUAGAGGUAUGUGGAAGUUCAGCCAACUUUCCGCAAAAAACAUUCCCGUAAAAUAACGCAAAAUAAGGAAAGCAAGAUGUCUGAUAAGGCUGAAGUACCCGAUAAGUCCAAGACUUCUGACAAGCUUGAAAAGUUUCUCGCCGGCGGAGACAUUAUUCUUAAUUGUUUCAUUCCUGGUGAGGGGGUGAACGAUAUCUUCGAAGUAACAAUAUCUAAUGCCAAUAACAAUCGAGUUUCUUCUCUUGCGGAGGCAAUCAGAAACCAUCGUCUAGAUCGAUUUCAAGAUAUUGAUUCGACCAGUUUGGCCUUAUAUAAGGUUGGGUUUGUAGCCGAUAGCGUUAUAAUCAACACCUUAAGAAACAACAACGUAUUCAUAGUAGAUGGGUCAGUAGAAAUGGAACCGCAAGAUAGAAUUUUUAUUCAUUUUCCCAUUCAGCCCCAACGUAUCUAUUCCGGUGAAAAGGGAAUCAAUGUUAUCGUGUAUCCUCCUACUGAAACAGUGCCACACAAAUAAUUAGAAUUUUUUUAUUUACGUCAUGCUAUGUAAUAGUUUUUAUGUAUUGUAGGCCGACUUCCGGCAACGAUUUAUUUUAUAAAUAAA